AUUUUGUUCUUCUGUUUCUUAGGUUCAGAAAAUAAUGGAGAAGAUCUCAGAAAAAACAAGAAGGCAGAUUGCUGCUAAGGGAUAUAUUCUUCAGGAUGGAUUUGUGAUGAGCAAUCUCCCUGUUCCACCAAACUGCCUCCGCGCUUACAAUGUUUUAGAUGAAACACUCAUGUGCUCUCCGGUAAGUACCUUUUGAGACUCAUCACUCAUGUACUUUUGGUUGCAUCAGAAUUUCCUUCGUUUCACCCUCACUCCUGACUUUUUUCUCCCUUCUUUAGGAUGCCUCCACAAACCUGCUGAGGAAAAUCGUACUCAACGUACAUAGCAUCAACAACUCAAGGGUUGGCCCCCCAACCUUCAAAGAACAUGAGGUGGAAGCAGAUGAUCUUCAGGUUGCCAUUGCUGACUACAUCAAGCAUGCAGGAACAGCAAGGGUAUGUAGAUAAUAUGUAAAUGAAGUGCAUACUAUCUACUUGAUCAAAACUGUGUGUUCAUAUCUGGUGUCAUCUGUCAUGUAUCUUUCAUAGGGUCCUCAAGGUAUCACCUUUAAAAGUCUGCCUGCAACAAAACAAUGGCAGCAAAAGAUGAAGUCACUCUGCAUCAGCAAGAGCUCAAGCUUCUCAUGCCGUGGUGUGAUCACAGGUGACCCAUACAUUCCUAUGAAUGUGGUAGGAGUGCCUGAUGAAGUAGCAAGGCGAAUGUCAGUACAAGAGCGUGUGACAGACUACAACAUUGCUCAGCUGCAAGGCAUGAUGGAUAGAGGUCUUUGCCUGACACAUGAAGAUGCUAAUUCUAUCACGCACUCCUUGGAUGUGGGGAAAGCAAAUAAGAAACGGACCAUACUGAAGGUCGGUGAAACGGUCAACCGGAGAAUUCUGGAUGGAGAUGCGGUAUUUGUCAACAGGCCACCAAGCACCGACAAGCACUCAGUCCAAGCAAUGUAUGUCCGUGUACAUACUGAUCACACCAUCAAGAUCAACCCACUCAUAUGUGGACCACUUGGGGCAGAUUUCGAUGGCGACUGUGUCCACAUUUUCUUCCCAAGGUCGGUGUCAGCAAGGGCUGAAGCUAUAGAGCUCUUCACGGUGGAGAAGCAGCUGGUCAGCUCUCACAAUGCAAAGCUGAAUUUUCAGCUCAAGAAUGAUUGCUUACUAGCUUUAAAGAAAAUGUCUGCUAGAAAGUAUUCCAGAAGGGAGGCCAAUGAACUUUUAAAUGCAAUGUUCACGGCAGGGUUGAUUCCCAAGAAGCGACUAUCAGGUCGACCAGAGUGGAGUUUCGCUCAGAUUCUAGAGACGGUACUACCACAGGAAAACAAAAUAUUAAUCAGAGACUUGGUUGCUGGCACUAUUACCAUCUCAUCAGUUCUGUCCACGAAGAAUCCAAGGGAGGCCAUAGAAUUUCUGAAUCUUCUGCAGCCCCUACUAAUGGAAUCAUUAUUUACCGAUGGUUUCAGCGUAAGCCUGAGAGACUUCAAUGUCCAGAAUCCAAUACCACAGACAAUUCAGCAUCAGACACUUGAUCUUGACAAGUUACGGAAACCAAUUGUGGACUUCAUUACUUCUUCUGACAUUCGCUUCUUGGUUGACCAAAAGAGAGAUUCAGCCAUGACCAAAGUAGUGGAGCAGAUUGGUUUCUUGGGACAUCAGCUGCAGCGCAACGGAAGAUUAUAUUCUGGCAGCUUGGUAGAGGAUUGCGUAUCCAAGUCACUAAGCAAGUGUGGCAGCAGCACCAAUGGUUGCCAUCCUUUGGAGGCACAUGGUUUUGUCAGGAACUCACUUUGCAAUGGACUGAACCCAUAUGAGGACCUACUCCAUUCAAUAUCUGCAAGGGAGAAGACAAUACGCGCAUCUAAAGGACUUGUGGAGCCGGGCGUUCUCUUCAAGAAUAUGAUGGCAAUGCUCCGGGAUGUUGUAGCAUGCUAUGAUGGAACCAUAAGAAACUCAUGUGGAAAUUCAGUUGUCAAGUUUGACUCGAGAAACUCAUCGAGUUCUGUGACACCAGGAGAUCCCGUUGGUAUCUUGGCAGCCACUGCAGUUACAAAUGCUGCAUACAAGGCAGUGUUAGACCCAAAUCAGAAUAACAUGGCCUCAUGGGACUCGAUGAAGGUGAGAGGCGCAUUUGUUCAGUUCCAUCUAAGACUUAGUUCAUAUGUUCUGACUUCUGGUUGUUGCAUUUACAGGAAGUACUACUUACAAGAGCUAGCUCUAGGAAUGAAAAUGACCAAAAAAUAAUUUUGUAUCUAAAUAAAUGCUCUUGUGGGGAUAAUUUUUGCAUGGAAAGAGCAUCACUCGCAGUUCAAGCCUGCUUAAAGAGGACCAAAGUAGAAGACUGUGCUACUGAGUUCUCAAUCCAGUAUGUACCGUUCAUACUUCCAUAAUUAUUUAUCAUACUACAAUGUUCCUUCUGCCCCAAGUUACAUACUAUUUUUCCAAACUAUGCACUUUAGUAUUAGUUUCACAUGAGUGAAUCAUCAAACAUGAACAAGACUAGCAAUUUGUUGUUGCUUGACAUCAUAUUGAACUUGGAAUCUUAGAUCAGUCCAGUUCAGCGUAUACUCUGCUAGGCUCACGAUCAUUGUCUUGUUUCAGUUAUCAACAACAAAAUAUUCAAGCAACACAUUGUCUUGUUGGCCACAUUCACCUUGACAAGGUAUUUUUCCUUUUCUCCUACUUUUCAAAUAGUAUAAUUGUUUUUCAGCAUAUCAUCAAGACUAUAUGUUGAAGAAAUCAUUUUGUGCCCUCACAGAAGCAACUGGAUGAAAUGAACAUAAGUAUGCAAGGUAUUCUUCAGAAAUGCCAGAAAGAAAUAUAUAGAUGCGGAAAGAAGAAGGGGCAGGUGAAUCAACUUAUGAAGAGAGUUGUGAUCUCAAGGUGCUACGACCUUUUAUUGUUUUAACCUUGAAAUAGCACAUGAGGCUUCUUCUGAAAGAAUAUUCCAAUGGUUGGAUUUAAUUUUUAGAUCCGCUAAGAUUUGAGUUAUUUAUUUGGUAACUUAAGUUGAAUAAUGUCCUUCAUUGGGAUUUAGGCAUGCUACAUUGAGAAAAUCAAGCAUGAGCUUUAAAUGGUCUAUUCUCUAAUUUCUGAACAUAAUCUGACAUUUCUUCUUUGCAGCGAAUAUAUGUGCUACCAGGAUGCAGAUGACGAAGAACAGGUCUCCUGUUUGCAGUUUUUCCUAACUAAAAGUGUCACCACACAAUCUGAAUCUUCUGCGCGAGUUGUCCAGUUGAUGGCCAAUACCAUUUCUCCUAUACUCCUGGACACAAUCAUAAAAGGUAAACCAAAAGUUCAGUCAUACUAGGUAUCAUGCAUAUAGAAAAUCCAGAUGAAUAUGUUGAUAGUGCUUAUGCAAUUCUGCUUACUAAACAGAUGUUCUCUUGCAUUUUUCUCCCAGGUGAUCCACGAGUUCAGGAGGUGAACAUAAUAUGGGCUGAACCACAAGACACGUGUUGGGUCCAGAACUCCGGUACAGAACAGAAGGGCGAACUGGCGUUGGUAAUCACAAUGGAUAAAGACUCAACUGGGGAGAGUGGUGAUGUCUGGGGAACAGCAAUGGAUGCAUGCAUCCCUGUGAUGGAUCUGAUCGACACUACCAGGUCUGUGCCCUACAGCAUCCAACGAGUUCGGGAAGGGUUUGGAAUUUCCUCUGCCUUUGGUCGAGUCACACAGGUCCAGCUAGUUCUUGCCUUUUUACCUUUAUUAUGAUGAAUUUAGUAGCUUCUAUUAAAGCAUUACUCAUGUUCUACUUUCUUCUUUUUAUGCUUUCGACCAUCCUUCCAGCACCUUUCCAAGGCAGUUGGAAUGGUUACAAAAUCAGUUCUCGAAGAACACCUGACAACUGUUGCAAGCAGCAUGACCUGCACAGGUAACUUGCAUGGCUUCAACAGCUAUGGUUACAAGGCCACAUUCAAGGCCCUCAAGAUUCAGGCACCCUUCAUGAAGGCUACACGCGCUAGGCCAUUGCAAUGCUUCGAGGAGGGUGCAGAGAAGGUCUAUUCUGAUCAGUUGGAUAGCGUUGUGUCUACCUGUUCUUGGGGCAAUCCUGCACCAAUUGGGACUGGUUCAGCCUUCAAAAUCCACUGGAAUGAUGGGAACACGGUACAACGAACAUUUCACCUGCCUAUGUUCUCUCAUGUGUGCAGCAUGCAAUUAUUUUCUCCCUUCUCCUCUGAACCUCUUGGUCUUUUACAGUCAGCAGGCAAUGAGAACCUUGGAGGGUAUGGUUUAUAUGAAUUCCUCACAGAGGUAGAAACAACAAGAGCCACUGAAGAUAAUAUGAUUGUUCCAUACGGUUCCUGCUUGUAUGAUGUUGACAACCUUCAAGAAGAUGAAAUCAAAGAGGAUGAAGUCUUAUGUUUGGGAGGAAACAGUCCAAUCUCUUGGACAGACAGGCCAAAAUCAAAUCUCCUACUGCAUGAUCUUCAAGGUUGGAGGGCUGAACAAGGGCACCAAAAAGUGCCAGUUGCAAACUGGCAACAUGGUAAACAUGUCGCCACAAAGUCAAGUGGCACUAGUGGAUGGAACCAGAGCAGUUCUACCACAAAAGUUUAUCAGAGAAGGCAGCGUAAUAGUAAUUGGGGCUCAGAUGCAACACAGCAAGAUGGUAACCCGUGUUGGAACAAAGCAUAUGUGGCAGGCCCAAGCAACUUUGCCAUAACAGGGCCAUCAAGUGGUACUAGUGGAUGGAACCAGAGCAGUUCUACCACGAAAGUUUAUCAGAGAAGACAACUUGAUAGUAAUUGGAGCUCAGAUGCAACACAACAAGAUGGUAACGCAAGUUGGAAGAAAGCAAAUGUGGCAGGCCAGGGCAACUUUGCCAUUACAGGGCCAUCUAGCUCUGGCGGAUGGAGUAGAAAGACCAAUAAUCUUGGUAGGGGUCGACGUGGUGGUAGAGGUGCAAUCUGGAAAUCAGAGGGAUCACACCGUGGAGGUAACAGUAGGUGGAAAACCCAAAGAGCCAAUACCACAAGCGCCCCGAACUUCCACAAUUCAGGACCAUCCAACUAUGGAGGACGGAACAUCAAGACUGGCAGAGGACCAGCAUGGAGAUCAAAUGGACCAAACCGGGGAGGUAGCAAUAGUGAACAAAGAGGGAGUUCAAAUUUUACACUAGCGGAACAGCAGAUACAUGCACAAGUUGAUCCAAUCAUGAAAGAAGUAAAGAGGAUCAUCCGUGAAUCAAGGGAUGGCAUCAAGCUUUCUGGAGAUGAUGAGAGGUUCAUUGUUGAAAAUAUUCUCAUGUACCACCCAGAGAAGGAAAAGAAGAUGGCAGGGAAUAACAAUUACAUAAUGGUUGCUAAGCAUCAAAAGUUCCAUAGCUCCAGGUGCUUGUACGUCGCAUCCUCAGAUGGCCCUCCUACAGAUUUCUCCUACAAGAAGUGCCUAGAGAACAUGAUCAGGAUUCACUACCCACAUGAAGCAAGUUCAUUCUGCAGAAAGUACUUCCAGUGAUGAACCAUAGCAUGUCCAUUCGCGUCGAACUGUGUGUGCUUGCAGUAGUGCUAUGUCUAACCCCCUGAAAUGACCUCAUCUGGCAUACACGAUUUAUGUGGACUCUGAUGUCCAUAAACUUGUAUAAUUCGGUGUGCUUGAAAUUAUUCUACGACUGUGAUGCUAUUUCUGAACAUUAGGAAACAAAACCUGGCAUACAUGAAUUUCUGUGGUCUCAGUGUCCACAAACUUAUAUAUGUUAUGCUUGAGAACA